GGUAAGUUGCCACGUCAGUAGGCCACGUCAGCAGACCACGUCAGCAGACCACGUCAGCAGGCUACGUAAGUACGUCAGCAGACCACGUCAGCAGGCCACGUCAACAGGACACGUCAGCAGGACACGUCAGCAGCAAGGGAUACCACAUCAGCAGACACCGGUCUGGUCUAUGCUGUUGCGUUCACAGACAGCAGUCAUGGACCAAAAGACCGGGGAAACAGACGAGGCCUAUCAAGCCCGCAUGUUAGCCUGCAGUACCGAGACAAAGAAGCGGGCAGAUGACGCUGCCGCGGCGGCCAAGAAAAGGGCAGAGGAUGCCGAACAGGCACGUCUGCUGGCCAUGCAACAACAGCGCCAGCACGACGAGGCAGCAGCAAGGGCUGCCGAUGAAGAAAGGACACAGCGUCGUGAGAAGAUAAUCACCGGAGAGCGGGCGUUACUUACCAUGGCAGCAAAAUGGCGAAGCGAGGCCGAGAACAGCCAGUUGGAGGACAGCGCAAACAAGAUAGCGCUCCUCCUCUCGCAUCUCACGGAUCUCCUGGCAACCUGCAUUACACAACAGGCGGAGAUCCUUGGUCUCGACAACUCGGUAGCUAACCUCCAAGACCGCCUUCAGCGGGUGGAGCAGCGACCAGUCGUCGUUGCCGACGCAGGCUCUUCCAAUACUACCGACCACCUCACCGCAUUGGAGAUGCACGUCGGCUCCCUCCAGGACGGCGCACAGUUACAGCAGACCGCGACGCAACAAUUGCAGCAGCGGAUCUGCACUACCGCCACCACCUCGAGUCCGGAGCCGCGCGAGACAGCUCCUAAGUUCGAUGGGCAGGAGAUCUUCCACGACUCAAUCAAGACAGAUCCGAUUCCAUGGUUUCGCAAGUUUGAGAUCACGCUGCAGCUCCACAACGUCAAGGAAAACAAGCACCACGCUUACUUGUACUCUCGCUCAGGGGGCGCGUGGUUGGACUUGUUGUCCAAGUACGGAGUGGUAGCAGCGGACUUGCACACCAUGAUCAGCUGGGAUGAUCUGAAGGCGGCGUGGCACAAGCGGUUCCAGGUGGAGCCGCCAGAGAUCAAAGCCAUGGACAAGCUUAUGGUCUUCGAGCAAGGCUCGUUGCCGAGUACGGACUGGAUCGCCGAGUACCAACGCUUGACGUACAUCGAAGACGAAGCUGGAGUUAUGGUGCCACAGUGUAGAGCAGAGGUGCUGGCCCAGCCAGAUGAUAAGGCCAAGUGGGACAAAGUACUGGGCUAUUUAGAGGUGUUGAGCAAGGCCUGGAUGGAGGAGCGUCAGGCAAGCUGGAGCCAGGAUGUAGCAUUGAGUGCCAUGCGAUCCGGUUUUAGGGAUUUUGCGCGCGCAAUCGUCACCCACAUUGGGGGCGAAGUCAAACAGUUGAGGGACAAUGUAGGGAAGUUUUGUGAGGGCGCYAUUCAGGGUGCCAAAGCUGCAGCCGCUGUAGAAGGAGAGGGCAGACCCCGUAAGGACCCAGUGAAACUUAAGUUCCCAGACGCGUACGGGGGAAAGAAGAACGAGAACUUUGACAACUGGGAGGCCAGUGUCAAUAGUUACAUUUAUUUACAGCAUAUCCUGAUGGAGGAGCAAGUCCUCGUGGCCUUCCAGGCCCUAAAGGACGAAGCGGCUAGCUUCGCUAGGUCUCUCGCGCGUACAGCCGGUUGUGAAAACAACCUGGUUGCGUAUUUCAAAGUCACUCCUCUUUCCCAAUUCCUCAAGCUCCUCAAGGAGCGGUUCGCUGACCCAACGCGAGGCAUUAGAGCCUCUGAUAAGCUCCAAACGAUCCACUCUCGGCAGUGGAGGAGUGCUAAGGCACUCAAGGGUACUAUGGACGACUUGGUAGCCGUCCCGGACCACGGAGUCGCUGAUCUCCAGCUGGUCCAGUUGUUUUAUCGUGCCAUUCCAGAGGCCCUACGCGGGCAUUUCUUUGACAAAUCUCAGCAGCCCGGCAUGACUUACGAUGCAUUGAGUAGGGAAGUCAUCCUGUAUGAGUUGAAGUCUAUGCCAGUGACCACUUUCUGGCAUAAGGACUUAGAGAAGGGGAAGAAGUGGAAGAAUCGUACCAUCUCAGGCCAAGUAAAGGCCAAGGAUCACAUGAUCCUGACAUUAGAAGAAGGUGGUACCGAUGAGGUCCCAUAUGACCAGAUUGAGUGGGGCCUUGAAGAUGAUGGCAAUAGUGUGGGGCAGGGGAGGUCUUACGCUGCUAUCACGGCCAGAGGGAGGCCGCAAGGCUUAGCUAACUACUACAGGAAGUUCGUGAGGAACUUCUCCACUAUCGCCGCUCCCUUGCGCAGGUUGUUGAAGAAAGAGACAAUCUGGCAAUGGGAUAAAGACUGUACGUCUGCGCUCAAAAAGUUAAAGCGCGCGUUAAUAGAGUAUCCUGUCCUCAAGGUUGCAGACCCGUCCUUGCCAUUUGUCGUCACCACGGACACGAGUCAGUAUGGGAUAGGCGCCGUGUUGCAACAAGAUGACGACAAUGGAUAUAGACCCGUAGAGUUCAUGUCCGCGAGGAUGCCUUGUGAGAAAGUCGCUACUUCCACGUACGAAAGAGAACUCUACGCCCUCAGGCAGGCUUUAGACCAUUGGAAGCACUACCUGCUUGGGAGGCACUUCAAAGUCUACUCGGACCAUGAAACACUUAGAUGGUUGAAGACCCGGGCCAAGAUGACACCUAAGUUGACCAGAUGGGCCGCAGAGAUAGACCAAUUCRACUUUGAGCUCAAGCCAGUGAAGGGCAAGUACAAUGUAGUGGCGGAUGCUCUAAGUAGGAGAUCAGACUACUUUGGAGCCGUAGUACAUUAUCUGGAUAUAGAGAGAGACCUGCAGGAGAAAGUGAAACAAGCAUAUACGCAGGACCCUAUCUAUAGCGACUUCCUAAAGAGAGUUCGAGAGGCCCUAGAGACCGAACCAGAUUACCGCACUACAGACGGGUUGCUGUUUGAGAAGACUAAUGUGUUUGACCGCCUGUGCGUUCCCAAUAGCGAAGAGAUUCGCAGUCUAAUUCUAGGGAAUGUCACGAUACUGAGGGACACUUCGGUUGGCAAAAGACGUUAGCCUAUCUGAUGCGUGCGUACACAUGGCCAGGGACGAAGAACGACUGCAUAGAGUAUGUCCGCAGUUGUAAAGUAUGCCAGCGAAACAA